AUGGAUAUAGAAGAAGCUAAAAAAUUUGCAAGAAAUAAAGUCGAAGCUGAUGCUUUGAUUCGACAGGUGAGAGAUGUUAUAAAAACAACAAAAUGGCAAAAACAAGAUAUGAGAGAGGGUUUUAAAGAGACAUUUAAACCACUUAUUGAAUCACAGGAUAGCAUUAAAAAAAGUAUCGACGAACAACAAAACGCAACUAUAGCACAACUCAGAGCUAAUCAACUUGCUCUUACACAAGGACUUAAUCAAAACAGACUUGCUAUAACUGAGGGAUUUGAUAAACUUGACGAAGUAAAAAAAUGGGAUUUGGCUCAAUUACCUGGUUUUGAGGCGAUUGAAGAGCCUAAAGAAGACGAAGAAGAAUACGAAGAAAGCAAAGAAUAUUUACCCUCUACAUCAGACGAAAAACCAAAAAUAGUAAAAUAUAAAGAUGAAGACCUAGAUAGAUAUUUAUUGAGUAAAGAAACACAAGAUAUACUAAAAUCGAAUGGUUAUGAUAAUCUGCCUUCCCAUUAUUUAAAAGAAGAUAAUUCUACUAUUGACAAAUUAAUAGAAGAAGUCAAUAUUGAUUUAAAUAACAUAAAAGAUUUGUUAAAAAACACUGCUGAUAUUUAUCCCAACAAAGCAGGUUAUUAUUUUGCUAAAACAAAAAGUGAAAAUCCAAAAAGAAAAGCAAUAGAAAAUGUGAAAAAUUUCAACGCAUUAAGCACAUAUGCUACAAACUUAAGUAUUCUUAAGUAUUACAAAGAUAAAGAAAAAUUUGGCUCUGGAAUGAUUUACUUUAAUAACCCACAUCAACUUCUAGACAGACUUGAACUACCCGGUGGAUCAAUUCUAGCUGGUAAUAAUGGAGUGAUAAAUGAGUUUUCUCAAAUAGCUCAUCUUCUCAACCAAAUGAAAGUAAUCUCAAAAAAAACAACUAAAUGACUUACUAAAAAUAGGUGAACCUACGGUUCCCCUAUAACCCCUCCCUGAAAAGGAAUAUAAACAUUAGAUAAAAUGGAAGAACGAGCUAUUCACAUUUCUUCAAUAAAUAGAGAAAAAAGAGGAACAAGCAGACCUGGUGAUUUUACUAUCAAAUUUAACCCAUCUUUGAAACUUGAUCCUGAAAAGAGACAUCAACUUGCUCUUGAUCGGUUGUCCAUGACUUAUUCUUGGUACAACAUUAGAAGUGAUUAUGGAAACAAUAAAAUUAAAUACACUCAUGAUGGUACCAACUGGCAAACAAUUACUCUUACAGAUGGAAUGUAUUCCUACUCAGAUAUCAAUGAUUACAUUCAUCAAUAUAUGUCUCAAAAGUCUCAUCACUCAACAGAUUCAAGUGGAAAAAAGACUUAUUCAAUCAAUCUAACUUUUAUACUAUCUACCUAUAGAGUGUUAGUAUCACUUGAAGGCGAUUAUCAACUUGAUCUGAGAGGAACAGAAUGUGGAGAACUGAUUGGAUUUGAAAAGAAACUUAUGUACAAAAACAGAGUAUGGAUCAAAACUACCAAAUAUCACAAAUUCGAUUGAUGUGUUAAAUAUCAACACAACCGCAAUAACUAAUAGCAUUGUAAAUGGAAUAAACACAAAUACUAUUGCUGUGAUACCAACUGAUAAUCUUACAAGGUCUUAUCCAUUUACGUUUGAACCUAAAAGACCAUUGUAUUGUCCUUUAUCAUCGUAUCACAUUGAUGAAAUGAGAGUCUAUGUGACAGACUCACUUGGAAGACCUGUAAAUUUUAAUGGUCUUGAUUGGUUUAUGACUUUGACACUUCACUCGAUGUAAUACUUUGUAUAACUAUUAAAAUAAAAUGAUGCGACAAUCAGAGUUUAAAAAAAAACUUGACCCUGAAUUGGGGCGAUAUACAAGACAACAUAUUUAUGGAGAAGGAAUAACAGAUGUUUUUAAAUCAUUUGGUAAAAAAAUAUUUGGAAAGACAAUGAAAAAAGCUGCUAAAAAAGGCGUUGAAAAAGCUGUGACAACAGCUGCAACAAAAACUGGUGAACAUGUUGGCAAAAAAGCCGGUGAUAAGAUAGUGCAAAUGCUAACCAAAAGUAAUAAAACGCCAAAAGUUACUUUUAAUAAAAAUGUUGAAAUAAUUCCAAACAAAAAAAUAACUCAACAAGAAAUAAAUCAAAGAGUGAAUUCUAUUCUGAGUGGUGGAAAAAUUAUAUAAUUAUUAAAAUAAAAUGAAGUCCUUUAGAAAUCCAGAAUAUUUAGAAAGAUAUGAAGAUGUUGUUUUUGACCUUGAACAGGCUUUAGAAACACCUGGAAAUGGUGCUCACCAAACUAAAACAGGUCAUAGAUUUGUUGCUGAUAAUACAGGUGAGGCCACUCCAUUUGAUUGGUAUAACGCGCGAUUUUCAGUAGAUUUAAAAGUUAAUCAGCUAGCUGCUGGAGCUGAUAUAGAUGCUGAUGGGGAUCAAAUGGGAAUAGUAAAUGGAAGUAGUUCUCUCAUAGAAAAGUUAACCAUCCUAGCAAAUGGUAGAGAUGUUUAUAGUUGCAACUAUGCUAAUCAUGUAGUAAAUAUCAAAAAUUUGCUUGAGUAUAAUCUUUCCUAUGUUAAGAGUGUAGCUACAAAUGAAUUUUAUUAUCUUGAUACAACAAGACAUGCUGAAAGAACAGAAUUUACUAUAAAUAACACAGGCGUCACUGGAGGAGCUAAUGUUGUUAAGGGGCGAGCUGCAAAUUAUAACAAAGGUUUUGCUGUGAGAAAAGCAUUACUAGGCGACUCAGCAACAGUGCGAUGUGAAAUUCCCCUCAACAGAUAUUCUUUCUUUGUGGCAUUAGAAAACAAACUUCUUCCAAAUACAAAAAUUGAAUGA